UCUCUCUCUCUCUCUCUCUCUCUCUCUCUCUCUCUCUCUCUCUCUCUCUCUCUCUCUCUCUCCUAUUUUAGCCGCUCGAAACACAUCUCUUCACCAAGAACAAAAAAGCAUAACCUAACAGAAAAAUCUUGACACCAGGAUGGUAACGCCAACAAUAAGAACCGUUGAUCUCCGGUCCGACACGGUGACUAAGCCAACGGAGUCAAUGCGUUUAGCGAUGGCAAACGCGGAAGUAGACGACGACGUUUUGGGAAAUGAUCCAACCGCCGUGCGUUUGGAGAGAGAGGUGGCAGAGAUCGCCGGAAAAGAGGCGGCCAUGUUUGUUCCGUCGGGGACAAUGGGGAAUCUGAUAAGUGUAUUGGUCCAUUGUGAUGAGAGGGGGAGUGAAGUGAUUCGAGGAGAUGACUCUCACAUUCAUAUAUACGAAAACGGCGGCGUUUCAAGCCUCGGCGGAGUGCAUCCUAGGACGGUGAAGAACGAAGAAGACGGGACGAUGGAGAUUGGUUCUAUUGAGGCUGCCGUGAGGAGUCCCAAAGGAGAUCUUCAUUAUCCGGUUACUAAGCUUAUAUGUCUUGAGAACACUCAAGCAAAUUGUGGAGGUAGAUGCUUGCCUAUAGAAUAUAUAGACAAAGUCGGAGAAUUAGCCGAGAAACAUGGCUUGAAGCUUCACAUCGACGGAGCUCGGAUCUUCAACGCUUCUCUUGCGCUCGGAGUACCGGUCAAGAGGAUUGUUCAAGCCGCAGAUUCGGUCUCGAUAUGUUUGUCGAAAGGUAUAGGUGCACCGGUUGGCUCGGUAAUUGUGGGAAGCAAAAGUUUCAUCACCAAAGCAAGGUGGUUAAGGAAAACAUUAGGUGGAGGAAUGAGACAGAUCGGUGUGCUCUGCGCUGCGGCAUUGGUGGCUCUCCAUGAAAACGUCGCCAAGCUCGACGAUGAUCACAAGAAGGCCAAGAUCUUGGCAGAAGGACUGAACCGGAUUGAACGGUUAAGAGUGGACGUCACGGCGGUGGAAACAAACAUCAUAUACGUAGAUAUACCAAAAGAUCCAAAAUUUAGAGCAGAAGACGCAUGCAAAAGUUUGGAAGUUCUCGGUGUGCUUGUCAUACCUCAAGCUACAUUCAGAAUCAGGAUUGUUCUACACCACCAAAUCUCAGAUAGCGACGUGGAAUAUGUACUCUCUUGUUUUGAGAAAACGUUUUAGCUCGGUGCCAGAAGAGAAGGUUUGCUUUUAUGUAAUUUCACGUGUUGGACUGUGUGUGGUAUUAGUGCUUGAACUAUUUUCUUGGUUUACAAAUUAAAACCAGUUUGUUCAAGAAUUAUAUUUUUUUUUGUUAUAUAAUUCAAGUAUAAAUACCUUGAAAUGGCUUAACUUUU